AUGAGCGGAGACGACAAACCAGCGGGACAAUUAAUGAGCGGAGACGACAAACCUAACUUAACACCACCCCGAUUCAUCUACGACAAUCGGCAUCCCAAUAGAGUAGCUGUCCAUGAUGAUGAUGAUGAUGACGAACUUCAUACCAAAAACAUCACCCCGAUUCAUCUACGACAAUCGGCUUCCCUUUCGGCAGUAAAUGAAAAAGACGAUUCAACUAUGAUCGCUAUCGCUCGACGGAAGAUCAAUAAAAUUCGAGUCGUAAAGGUCAAUAUGAAGGCACCUGUUGGAAUCUGGCGAAACGACGGCUUGAACAAAGGAAUUAAAAUGAAUAUCGCUCGGUUGUCGGAAUUCCAAUUGACUUGGUUAAAACACACGGGCUUACACUAUUUGUCCUCGUCGAUGGGUCGGAAAAUUAUCAAUGUUUUGGAAACAGUGCCUCUGGAAAAGUUUUUUUUCAAUGUUCAAUUCAUUUGUUAG